UAAAAAGUACUACUAAUACAUAAUAUAUAAUAAAAAUAAUUAUUUUAAUUUUUAUUUAGUAAUAAUAAUCAUAAUAUUAAUAAUAAUAAUAAUUAUUAUUAUAUAAUAUAAUUAUUUGCCCUUUUAUUUUUUUAUUACUUUUUUUUUUUACAACUUUUAUUGGACUAGAUAAGCAGGUAUGCAUGAGUCAUGCAUGAGCAAAAUGGACCGUUUAUUUAUGUAUUUAUUUUGUAAUACAUUAGGUAAAAGAGUGUAAAAUAAUUUUGGGUGCAGAAAGCACAUGUGAGCAUAACGGGUCUAAGAUCUAUCAUCUAAACUAACUAAUGUACUGACUUCAUGAAUAAAUUCUUAGUGAAAACAUGUUUUGGGGUUACUUGAACUGAAGAUGCGGUCUCGGACUGAUUAGGAUCUGCCCAUAUCUGUUUAUGUCUUGUGACUCAAGUGUGCACGCAUGUAAUAUCACGUUCUCCCUUAAACAAAAAAAUGGGCAUCAUGUCAAUUUUCAGUGUUAACUGGCAGAGGUUCAAUCUGACACGCAAUUAGGCUGUAUCUUGGGUGUGCCCACUCAACUACAAACGCUUAAAAAGAGGGCCAACGUUAAGGUGGGUAAGUCAUUUGACCCAAGCACCACUGCUCAUCGAUUCAAAAUGAGCCUCUCUGCUAACGACAAAGCAACUGUGAAGGCCUUCUGGGCUAAGAUCUCCCCAAAGGCUGAUGAUAUCGGAAAUGAGGCGUUGUCCAGAAUGCUCUAUGUCUACCCUCAGACCAAGACCUACUUCUCUCACUGGAGCGACCUGAGCCCCAAUUCUGCUCCUGUGAGGAAGCAUGGAAAGAAGAUCAUCGCUGGAAUUGGUUUGGCUGUUGAGAAAAUUGAUGACCUCUUUGCCGGCCUGCUUACUCUUAGCGAGCUGCAUGCCUUUCAGCUGAGAGUCGAUCCUGCUAACUUCAGGAUCCUGUCCCACAACAUUCUUGUGGUGUUGGCCAUGCUCUUCCCUGAUGACUUUACACCCGAAGCCCACCUGGCCAUGGACAAGUUCCUUGCAAGACUGGCCUUGGCUUUGUCUGACAAAUAUCGUUAAGCAGUUUGAUAUUUGUUAACGCCGUUUGAAUGUUGUUUUGUCAGUUUGGUCGACAACAUGUCAAUAAAAACAAACAAACCAGGAUACAAUCAUCCGGUGCUUUUGGUUUCCCUGACGCAGAGCAAAAACAAAAUACAUUUGCAAUACAUGCAAAUCUAAAACACAAAUCUAUUUAAAUACGGGAUCAUAUGAAUUCCGUUAGAAUUGUGAAACUGUUUUAUAUCACUAAACUAAAUAGCAGACAGGGCUGUGAAUUAAAGUUAAGCCUGUUGCUUGUGCAAACCAUUCAAUAAAUAGUUUUGGCACAUCAGGAUAGGCUCAAGCUAUGAUACCCUUAUCCAUUCUGUUUCUUUGUACAAAGAAGACGGUCAAGGUUUAUUUCGAGAGUAUAUAAGGAGGAUAUUGCAAUAAGAUUUAAUAUAUAUUAAUUACAUACUUUUACUUGUUCUUAUACUUUUACUUUAUAAAAUGUAUUUUAAAAAUACAUAUAUAUUUUUAUAUAUAAUAGAUUUUAUUUAUAAUAUGUGUCUAAUAUUUAUAUAAAUAUAAGAUGCAUAAAAGCAUUAAAAUAUAGUCUGUAAUUUGAGAAAAACAAACAACAACAAAAAAAACAUCAAUUAGUAAGAAUGAGGUCAACUGCAUGAGACACACCAGCAGCUUUGAGUCACAUGAGUCUUGGAUGGAGCGUUUACGGUCAACCUGAUAUCUUGAUCAUCUGAAGAAAAAAAAAGAAAAAAAACAAUACUUUAUCAAGGAGCCGCAUGCACAAACACCAGAAGGGCAGACGGGCAUGCUACAAACUAUUUCACAUAAAGUUAGGUACUACUCAUGAUCACAUAAAAAUAGUGUAACAUUUUACUGAAAUAAUUAAAUACAUCCACUGAGCCC